GCUCCAGCUCAACAUGUUCCCCGUUUGCACACGCAAAGCGCUUGUGAAUAGCAUCGGCCACAGACAAAAGGCAAAACCACUCGAGAGAAUUCCCACCGAGUAGGCAAUCAGUCACAUUUUUUUCUCGGUUCCGAAAGACGACGCCGUCUAGCAGCUGGAUUUUGCGCGUACGACCCGAACGACCGCAUUCACGGCACCUUGACACGGUCCUCGAGCUCAACUCAACUUCCGGGUAUAAAAACCGAAGCAGGCUUUUCCCGGAGAUCAUCGCCACCACCACCACCACCGUCAACUUUAGCUCGAUCGCCAUGGGUGUUCCCGAGGAUCAACGAAAAGCCGCCGAAGUUUACACUGGCCAGGCCGUCUUCUCCAAGAAGUCCAUGGAGCUCAUGGACGAGUUUGGACUUCCAUCCGGACUGCUGCCUCUCACAGGCGUGGAAGAAUGCGGGAUCGUGAGAGCGACGGGCUUCAUCUGGAUCGUCCUCAAGAAGGAGAUGGAACACUACUUCAAGCUGGCGGGGCGCAAAGUCUCGUUUGGGACGGAGAUCACGGCCGUGGCUGCCAGCGGCCAGCUCAAGAACAUAACCGGGAUCAAGGCCCGCGAGAUGAUGCUGUGGGUGGAGGUGAAAGCCAUGGAAGUCGAGCAGCGCAAGAUCCGGUUUAGAGCUCUCGCUGGGAUCACUCGCUCGUUCCCGGUGGAUUGCUUCGCUGCGGUAUGAAGGAGAGAUCGAUUUGUUCUAUAAAUUCCACUCUUUGGAUCAAAGUUAAACGAUUAGUUCUA